AUGGAGGAGAACGACAAGCCCGUCUUUGAGCGGCUUCACGUCCCGAAGUGCACUCGUGAGCCGAUUCUCCACUACCUGAGGAACUGGAAGGGUCUAGCAAAAGACUUCCACAAAACAGCACCAAUCAGAAAAGCAGCUGCUCAGCAACGACAGCGCGCUAAGAUGCAGCAAAUGGUGAUGGGAAUCCCCCCGGAGAUGUCAGGGUUUGACGAUAUGACCCCGACGAAUUGCGAACUUGAUCGGGACUUCUUUGACAACCUUGGAUUUCUGCCGCCGCCUGACAGCAUUGCGCCAUCCGUUGAGCCCGCACUUGUACCGCUUUUGGACGCGUGUGACGAUGGUAAACCUGGUGGUGAAAAGGCGUUGAAAGCAUAUUUGGACGCAAAUUGGAAGGUAAAUGUGACGCUCAUCGAUAUGGAAUGGGAAAAGGAAUGGAGAGUUUGUGAGCCUGACCAUGGAGAGGCAGACGUUACUCCAUUCGUCCACUUCGACCCCAUCGAAGUGCUGGGCCACCUUUCUGCCCAUUUGCCUAUCGGUCAGGCUAAGGUGCACAAGGAUGAAAACGCGAUUGGCCUUAUUUCCGCCUUCUUUGAUCUGCUGACAGACACGUUGUAUUACCCUAAUAGGCCUGAGAUGACUGUCGAGGUCGUUCUUGGAGAGAUGACCGAUUUCAUGGAGAGGCUGAGAUAUAACUGCCUCGAGUACCGGUCACAAGCUGCAGAGGAUGGGUUUGACCCAAGGAAGUUCCCCAGAGCCUAUGACAGGAUUCAUCUCAGUAACGUAACGGAUUAUGUCGGAGGCUUGAUGAACCCGCUUCUCUUUGCGGCACCAUUGUUGAAGGAGCCAGGCAGCUCUGAUGUCCGCUUCACAGUUCUGUUAAAUCCUCCCAAAUUCAAGACGCAUGAGCAAUUCCAGGCUGAGUAUGCCUUGAUGCCAUCAGAAGCCAACAUCACCAACCACUUCCAUCUCAAGCGUGUGCCGCCUCCGCCUCCCUCAAUGUCACACCCCCUUGGUUCUUUCUUCGAAGAAAGUUACUUCGUCUGGCAAUUGCAGCCUGGUGAGAAAUUGCCUUGGGAGAAACUCAUGGCAAGACCCCAACUUGAAAGAUUGAUCUCUCAGCUGCACGAACUUGGAUAUCCGGCCCACUGGGUCUCCGGAAUUCUCAGCUCGAUUUGUGAGGGCACCAUCACCACCACAACGCGCGCGCCAACGGCGGAAGUCAUCACGCCGCAAGAACUUGUCUUUUGGGAUGUAAGCCAGGGGAAGCCGCCGCGCAAGCUACGCACGCUCUUGUCAGACGACGAAGUAGGCGAUGGAUCAGCAGCAGCCCAGGCCAUCCGCAAUAAGGGCAUCCGUGUCGUUUCGGCAUUCCGUUAUAUGGUUGACACAGAGUCUGUGAAUUUUUGGCUCCGGAAGGACAUCGUGGACGGCAUGCUCAGUGGACCGGGUUAG